AUCAGUUUGUUAAGAGACGUUGAGCGCUUAAGAUCGUCGUUGUGUUCAAGUGGAGGUUUUUUUGAGUGUGUUAUAAAGGAAAAAAACAAUAAAUUUAAAGAAUUGAACUAAAAAUUAUUUUAAUUAAUUGAGAAAAAUAAACGCAAAAGUGUCUGCUUUUUAAAUAAAUGAAAGAAAACUGAAUCAUUUUACAAGAAAAAAAUAUUUAACAAGAAAAUAAAACAACGAAAUGUUUAACGUACACGAUUUAAUGGAAUAUCGCAUGCAACAGCAGCUUGCCCAAGAGAUUUAUCGACAACAGAUCAUGCAGCGUAUACCGGAUCCCUUCCCACCCAUGAUCCCCAUGCAUGUGCCGAUGCCGCAUCAUUUAAUGGCCGCCCCACCACGUCCCAAACUACCCGGCAAUGUUGAGGCUAAAUUGGAAAAUAAUGAUUUAUGGCAACAAUUUCAUAAAAUUGGCACUGAAAUGAUAAUAACCAAAAGUGGAAGACGUAUGUUCCCCUCCAUGCGUGUAUCUGUGACGGGCCUUGAGGAAGACACCCAAUAUUGUGUGCUCUUGGAAAUGGUACCCAUUGGAGAUUGUCGUUACAAGUUUUCCGGCUCACAAUGGGUUCCAGCUGGCGGUGCUGAGCCACAAUCACCCCAGAGAAUGUUUUUGCAUCCCGACAGCCCUGCCAAUGGUUCCCACUGGCAGUCCCAGGCCAUACUCUUCAACAAGGUUAAAUUGACCAACAAUACCCUGGAUAACAGUGGCCAGAUCGUAUUGGCCAGCAUGCACAAAUACCAACCUCGUCUGCACAUUAUCAAGACAUCCGAUUUGACCCAAUUACCCUGGUCUCCCCAACAAAAUUUCGUGUUCCCGGAAACUGAAUUCAUAGCUGUAACAGCCUAUCAGAAUGAUCGCAUCACCAAACUCAAGAUUGACAACAAUCCCUUUGCCAAAGGCUUUCGUGAAACGGGACAAUCUAAAUGCAAAAGGAAACUAAUGUCCUCUUCCUCUUCCUCUUCGUCGUCGUCAACACAUGGCGAAGAAAGUGAUGAUUGCCUCUCCAAGGCCGAUGAUGAUCGUUCCAGCACCACCAGCUAUGAGUCACCACAGCAGAAACGUUUAAGGCCCUCGGAAAAUUCCGAUGAAGAAUCUGGCUACAGUUCAUCACGUUCUUCACGCUCCAUAUCGCCACGAUUUGAGGACUAUGCAACACAACAUCACCGUCAGCAACAACACCAACAACAUUAUGCCCAUCAUUUGGCCUACUCUUCCUCACCCACCUCCUCAUUCUAUCAUCCACAACAACAUUUAAUGGCAGCCACCUCGCUAAUGCAACAUCCUUUGCAAACCUUGCUAAGAGAUCCUCCACAGCCACACAUUGCAUUGCCUGCAACCGUAAAUUCUCCUCCAGCAUCGGACAACGCAAGUACAGAAUCGACUUCAACAACAUCUCCCACACCUCCCGCCACUCAAUCAAACUCAACCGCACAGAAGAGAAACAAUUUCAGCAUUUCGGCUAUUUUGGCAUUUUAAGGUCAAAUAAAAACUUUUGCCUCUUUUGUUUUGAGAUUUGAAUUCAAUUCUGUUCUGUGGUAAUGCUGUGCAUCUUUACUCCCCCUCCUCUACCCCUGAACCCUUGUCGUGAAUAUUUACCUUUAAGCGAAUUAAAAUUGUUAAGCAGUAGAGAACAAAUGUUGUUAAUUUAGUUUUAAGAUUUUUAUUUUAUUAAGACUUUUUGUAAACCUUUUAGUUUUAAGAAAGAAAUAAUUAUAAAUAAAUAAAGAAUAAAAACAAUUAAA